CGACUUCCGGAUAAAUCUUUUAUCCUCGGAAGAACGGCUCCUAAAGCCAUCCUUGCUCCGGCGGAUCUCGCUGGCCGGUCGUACAGGGCCUGCCUACCUAACUUCUGGGCCACGUUUCCAUCAAAGUAUCAACCUUCCUUCCCCGUGCCAUCUCUUGAACGAUACGGUAUCGCUUUCACGAUCCAACUGUCACCGGGUUUUAGGCUCCAAUCCCCAGCGCUUGGGAUUCGGGUGGAGAAGCUUUGGGCAUGGAGUCUAAGUCCACCGGGCGCUUCACCUUGGGGAGGCAGUCCUCCCUCGCGCCGGAACGCGACGGGGAGCCGGAGGUCCGCCGGCCGGGGGGCAUCGACGGGCUGGAUGUCCCGGAGGAGAUGGAAUCCGGCAUCCGCCUCAUGUACCUCGCCAACGAGGGUGACGUGGCCGGGAUCCGGGAACUCCUGGCGUCCGGAGUCGACGUGAACUUUAGGGACAUCGAUAGGCGGACGGCGCUCCACGUCGCCGCGUGUCAGGGGCUCCCCGAUGUUGUCCAAUUGCUGCUCGAGAGCGGCGCUGAGGUGGAUCCGGAAGAUCAGUGGGGCAGUACGCCGCUUGCAGAUGCAAUACACUACAACAAUCAUGAAGUAAUCAAGCUAUUGGAGAAGCAUGGUGCUAAGCUUCUGAUUGCUCCAAUGCAUGUUAAGAAUUCCCGUGAAGUUCCAGAAUAUGAGAUAGACCCCAGUGAACUUGAUUUCACAAACAGUGUUGAUAUAACUAAGGGAACAUUUCGUGUAGCAACAUGGCGUGGAAUUCAAGUCGCAGUUAAAAAGCUUGGUGAAGAUGUAAUUACUGAUGAGGAUAAAGUAAGGGCAUUUAGGGAUGAGCUUGCGUUGCUUCAGCAAAUACGGCAUCCAAAUGUAGUCCAGUUUCUGGGUGCUGUCACUCAAAGUAGUCCUAUGAUGAUAGUCACAGAAUAUUUGCACAAGGGUGAUCUUCGUGAUUUUUUGAAACGAAAGGGAGCUUUGAAGCCAGCAUUGGCAGUUCGAUUUGCACUCGAUAUUGCAAGAGGAAUGAAUUACUUGCAUGAGCAUAAACCAGAAGCCAUCAUUCAUCGUGAUCUUGAGCCUUCAAAUGUCUUGCGGGAUGAUUCUGGGCAUUUGAAAGUUGCGGACUUUGGUGUCAGCAAGUUGCUAAAAGUGGCAAAAACUGUUAGAGAGGACAGACCAUUGACAUGGCAAGACACUGCGUGGAGGUAUGUGGCUCCAGAGGUCUUUCGGAAUGAAGAAUACGAUAUGAAAGUGGAUGUCUUUUCAUUUUCUUUGAUUCUACAAGAGAUGAUUGAAGGGUGCUCUCCAUUUUCUUGUGUACCAGACAAUGAAGUUCCAAAGGCAUAUGCCUCUAAAGAAAGACCAUCUUUUAGAGCUUCACCCAAACUAUAUGCAUAUGGGCUAAAAGAGUUAAUCGAGCAAUCCUGGAGUGAGAACCCUGCUGACAGACCAACAUUCAGAGAGAUAAUCGAUCGCUUAACCAUUGUUCAGGCCCACAUUGCUCAUAAGAGGCGUUGGAAGGUGAGACCCUUGAAAUGUUUCCAGAACCUAGAGGCCGUGUUUAAGAAAGAUCGCUCUAACCCGAGCAGCCGCUCCUCUCGCUCAUCUCGUUCUUCUGAUUUCUUCUAGCAGGAGUGUUGUAUGGUCAAUGUGAAAGUUGAUAGUCCAUAUGCUUGCUUGAUCUAAGUGAUCCAAUAUAGGGCAGAGAAACAUACAAUCUUACCAUUUUAAUAACCAAUCAUGUGCCAUGAUGGUAUCUCUUGCUCAAGGUUUCGAGUGUUGAUUCCAAGUGGAUGGUUAUAUUUGAUUAAAGUGGCUCAGCUGGUCCUGUACCUUUAUAUUUGGUUUCCUUUAGUAUAAGAUGAGCGUCCAUUUUGUUACAAAAUGAACAAUGAACAGCCUGUGGCCCAUUACUUUGUGUACAGGAACCUCAUGAUGUUUUCUGGUUCUGAAAUGUGAAAAUAGUCAUGGUAGUGUCAGCCAAAAAUGGCUCCAUGGCUGGUCGUUUUUACUGGAUUUCAAUGGUGGAAUUGAUCAGAUUUGACUCUGUGCA